AUGGAGCAGGCAUCUGCAUUACCUGCUGUGGCCAAAGACAAUGUUGUUGCAGAAACUCAUGCAUCGGCACCGAAUCCACCCAGUCAAUUUAGUGCCAAUGGAUUGCAGAUUCCCAGUACCAACGAGCAUCUGGUAGUGAGCGGCCCCUACAUACAGCUGCUGGGCUAUGACUCCGCCAAGGCCCUGUGGCGAGCCUCUGUCUUGAUUGUCACCCCGCCAUCCAAGCUGACUGUUUUGCCCCCAGAGCCUGUGCUGACAUUCGAUGAUGGCGGCAAGGCAACGCAGUUGCAAGGCUUGUUGCUGGAUGAGCAUGCUCAGUGGAAAUUCUGGCGCUUUGAUGUGAGUGCUACACUGGGCGACAGCCCCAGGCAGGUGGAGUAUGCUCUGGAUGCAGAUGGCCUCAGCAAGAGCGACAGGUACCCAGUGGCCCUGCCCAGCAGGGAUGGGGGGUGGAAUUGGGGAUUCCACUCCUGCAAUGGGUUGUCAGCGAGCGCAGAUGUUAGCAAGUGGAAGGAGCCAGCGCUGUGGAAGGAUGUGCUUGUGCUGCAUGAGAAGUCCCCCCUGCAUGCCCUCGUGGGCGGGGGGGACCAGAUUUACAAUGAUGCUCUCUGGUUUGUGCCCAGCUUGAAGGCCUGGCUGGAUGUCCCCUCAGCUGAGGAGCGGCUGAAGAUGCCCUUCACUCCUGAGAUGGAGAAGGAAGUGAGCGACUUCCUCUUCAACCACUACCGCGUCCACUUCAACUCGAGGAUAUCCAUGGCAUACGCCUUUGCCUGCAUCCCACAGAUGAACAUUUGGGAUGACCAUGACAUCUGGGACGGGUGCUGCCGGCGAUUCUAUCUGUCAUUCCAGCACCACACAACAGUGGAGCUAUCGCGGUCGAUGAAUGAUCUAUUUGGGCCGUCGGAGACAUUCUCGUGGUGCCGCCAAAUUGGCGCCCGCGUGGCGAUCGUGGGCCCCGACUGCCGCUCGCAGCGCACCAUCAAUCGGAUCAUCUCCCCGGAGGCUUACGAUGAGCUCUUCAGGCGGAUUGGCGCGCUACCGCAGAGCAUAAAACACAUCGUGGUGGUCACGACGGUGCCCAUAGUCUUCCCCAAGCUGCCCCUGAGCGAAACGACAAUGAUGACAAUUCAAAGUUUUCCCCUCAUCAAAGGCGCCCUCCAGAAGACUGGCCUUGGCGCUGGCAUCAUUGACAAGUUCGGCCACCCAGACCUGCUGGACGACAUAGUGGAUCACUGGGACGCUGGCAGCCAUUUGGGUGAGCGCCGGCGCUUCAUAGAGCGGCUGCAGGCGGUCGCCAAAGCGCGCGAAGCGCGCAUCAGCUUCAUCUCCGGCGACGUGGCGCACCUGCGGCACGACUACCGGUUCAUGCCUCAGGUGGUUUCGAGCGCCAUCUGGAACUGCCCCCCGCCCCAGGUGCUGCUGACGAUGCUGGAGCGCACCAACAAGGCCUCCAAAAUCAACCACAACACCCAGGAGAAGAUGGUCCGGGACUUUGACGCGGGUCAGAAGCUGUUGGGCCAGCGGAACUGGUGCUUUGUGGAGGAGCUCCCACUGUUGCAGCCUGCCCCACGCGCACAGACCCCCAGGGCCGGUGGCGCGGCGGCCACCGCCGGCGGAGCCGCACCACCGGCGGGGGGCCCUGCGGCCGUGGGCCCCCCGCUUGCGGACCUCCCGCUCCACCGCAGCCUCCCGCGGUUACUGAAGCACCCCCGCAGCUUCCAUGACAGGGAGAAGAUGUCGGGCGCUCUCCUGUACACGCUGCGAGUGGAGGACCCUGAGCAGCAACUGGCAGAGCCCAAGACCUACGUCACCAUCUGCCCGCAGUUUGUGUGGAACCCCCUCCGGAAUCAUGUAGCGGUGCGGCGGUCGAGCUUCAUCAGGACCUGCAUGUGCAUUCCAGAAACCAAGCCCGAGGAUCCGUUGGAGGAGCUUUGAUGCAGCUCCCUUUGUGGGAUGCGCCAGCUUCACACUAUUAAGGCAACAAGCAAAUAGAUGAAUAGCUGCCUAGAAAGUUGAAGCUAACAAGGAAAGUACACGUUGCUCUUGCACUGGCAGAUUUUUAAGGGUGUAAUUAUAACCGGUAAACCUCUUGCUUUGCAUCUUGAUGCGCCUUUUAGAUUUGAAAGCCCCCAUGUCCAGAUUAGCACAGGAAUUUUUGCAGUUUUGGCGUUCUUUUGGGUCUCUAUUUCUGGAGUUUGUCUUGUGCUUGGUAGCCUCAAUAUUAGUGAGACGUUGGUGUCAAUUUUAAAAGUGCGGGAUUCUCUGCGAAGGGGCUUUGGUCAGAUUGCCAAAGUGCUGUUUUGUGUGAAAGUCCCAAUGCUCUGGGCAGGCAUGCAUGUCGAGCAAUGCGCCGAGAGCAUGAGGAAGCAAUGCAAGAAUGCGUGUGAUGAAGUUUGCAGAAUUGCAUGUGUCAGUUGUGUCCAUGUUCCAUUCUUUACAAUGUUGCGAGUCUCAAAUCCCAGCCGAGGAACUUGCUAAUUAGUAAAUUUGCUUAA